AACAACGGAACAUAAAUAGUGCCUACUAAGCCAAUAAUGUGGUCAAUGGAUUGUAUUGAAUUCCAACAACAUGGCAUCUAUAACUGGAUAAAAUAAAUCGAACUUGAAAGUUUUGUAUAGAAAAGGUGAACUUUUAAGGAUAUACUGUGCAUAAACCAAGAUUAUAAGGAUAUAACUAGAUAGUUGUGAACUUAGAUAAAGUACAAGUAUGGCUUGUAAAGAGAUCUUUUUACUGUUAUUAGUUUUAAACUGGAUGAGUUCAAAUACAGUAUCUGGAGUCUGCACAGGUUAUCCCAAUGGGUGGUUGAACACAAAGUGGCUUUUCACAAAAUAUUCCAAUGGCCAAAAUUCCUACCUAGAAUUUUCUGGAAGUAAGGUGACUAAAAAACGUUGGGGAGGUGCAACUAUUUAUAAUAAGCAGGCUGAGAUUCUUGUGGAGCGUGAUUGCCAGGAUGAGUACAGUGAUGGUGAUUGGUUCUUCUAUUAUGAGAUUGGGGGGUCAUUCCACUAUUGUGUCAUGUAUUAUCGCUAUAGGGACGUCCUUCAGGAGAUGGUCUAUGGGACAGGUGUUAACCCUAUAGCAUCUGCCAAGACAUGUACAAACUAUGUAGGACCCAAUGGGACUGCAGUUGAACUCACACUCUAUCAUAAAGAAAGCUGGCCAGAUUUCAGCUGUUCCCCACUCCCCCAGGGAAACUAUUAUGUGUCAUACACAGUGAGUGACUCCAUAAAGAACCAAUGCCUUGGCUCAACAACCUCUGUCAGCUCUGUCAGAUCGGACCGUAUUGAAAUGAAAACUUGUUACGGUGGUCCUACCACAAGCUUCACACCAUACAACACAACCCUGUAUUGUUUAAUGCAGUGGGACAAUGACUUGAAUAGGGGCCAAGGAGAUUACAUGGCAAUUGUUUAUAAGGAGGACACAUUGGAAUAUCUUUAUUGUGCUCGCUACACAAUUUCUGGUGACCGGAUAGAUAUGUCAAUAGAUGUCAGGGCAGGUACACAAUCUAGCGGGGGACCCCUGAAAUGUUCUGUCACGAAAGAUCCCAACCAUUAUGAAGACUCCACAUACUUCAAACACAGAGCUUUUGACUUCUUAGCUGUUGACAAUUGCAACCCUAACCCCUGUAAGAAUCUUGCUACGUGUGUCCCCACCACAUUUGGUUACAAGUGUGACUGUGUACCAGGAUUUGAAGGUGCCACCUGUGAGACAGAUAUUAAUGAGUGUUCGUCCAACCCCUGUGACAAUGGUGCCACCUGUUCUGACAGAACCAACAAGUAUGUCUGUGAGUGCCCUCUAGGCUACAUAGGCAUUAACUGUGAAACAAACUCAGAGGAUUGUGUUGAAGGAGCGUGUGCCAAUGGAGGAACAUGUAUUGAUGAUGUGGACAGCUUUACAUGUGAAUGCCCACCUGGAUAUGCUGGACCUACCUGUGGAGAAGAUGUGAAUGAGUGUGCAUCAUUCCCCUGUCAGAAUGGAGCACUUUGUAACGACCUUGUCAACUCAUACAGCUGCAAUUGUGGGACUGGAUAUACAGGGACGUACUGUGAGACUGAUGUCAAUGAGUGUUGGUCUAAUCCCUGCAUUAAUGGCAACUGUACAGAUUACCUGAACAGGUAUAGAUGCACCUGUGAACCUGGAUAUGAGGGGCUCAAUUGUGACGAAGAAACCAAUGAGUGUACCUCUAACCCCUGUAAGAAUGGUGCUGAGUGCCAGGAUCAGGUGAACAGCUUUAAGUGCAAGUGCCCUCUAGGAUUUGUUGGAACACUCUGUGAAACUGAAAUCAAUGAAUGUUACUCAGAGCCAUGCUUCAACAAUGGGACGUGCGUUGAUUACAUUAACAGCUACGAGUGCCAGUGCUUAGAGUAUUAUCAGGGACUAAACUGCGAAAUUCACCUGACAACCACCACGAUCCUGACGACGACGUUUAACCCGCUAUGCAAGUGGGGUCAAUUUGUCUGUGAGUCCGAUCUCAAGUGUAUCAACUUCCAGAGAACAUGCGACUGCGUCCAAGACUGCGAUGAUAAUUCAGAUGAAGCGUACUGUCCUGUAAACAAGAUAUGUCACACAAAUGGAUACCAUUCUCCCUAAAUUCUAAAAGGAAAUAUGGAUAUGGGUAAUCUGAUUGGUUCACAUGCAGCUCCGUAUGAUGACACAUACAUUCAACUCUGAGAAUGAGGAAAAUAAGCACCAAAAGUGACACAAUUAGCAGUGACAUCUAUUUAUAAAACCAAAAAUAUCUAUAUUUAUGGAAGAUGGGUGAGACACGAUCCGUCCAUUUAGAUGCAAUAUCUCAUGUGCAACAUAUAUUUGUGUUUAACCUGCUCAGUUUGAGAAGUGAUAAAUUGAUGUGAUUUCAGUAUUUAGUUAUUUUUCACAGAUGGCAUCUUGUUACAGACAUUGAUUUUGUGACUUCCAUUAUAUUGUAAAAUACUGAUUAGAAAAAUCAAAUUAAUCAAUCAUUACUUUGUACUUGGUUUUGACAGUUUUAUGAAUUCUGUUUUUUGUCGCCAUCAAAGUAGUAAUGUAUCGUUUCAGCCAUUCUAUUUGUUAAUAGCAUUUUUGUCAUGUUAAUUUCUUGUUAUUAUGUAAUAUGAUAUUGUUUAAUUUUUUGCAUCUCAAGAAACAUUAUUAGGAAAAUACUCUAUGAAACAAAGAUAUGAUAUUAGAUAAUCAUACAAUAUUUAUAGGAUAUUUUAUUAUUUUGAGGAAUUUCAUUU